AUAAGCAGAACUUAUCGCGCUUAUCUUCCGCCUCAUUUUCAAUUUAAGAAUCUUUUCAAUUGAACUUUUCUCGUAUCAACGCGACAAUUUUAUCUGCUUGUGUGCGUAUCUGUUUUGGCAUUUGUAUCUGUGAGAGCAUCAAUCUGCAGUCUGAGUGGGAACCGUCUCUGUGAGUGUGUGCGUAACUGAGCUCAUUUACAGCGGGCCGCCUUUUGUUCACAACUUUUGUUUAGUUUGAUAAUUUCUUGCUGUCACAAACACAGUCGCCGUCGCAGUCGGCGUCAGUCAGCCCUCAUUUAAUCCGUUGGUCUGACUUACGGAAUAGCUUCUGUGGGGUUGUCAUCGCAGUGUCGCAUUGGAUUUCCAUGGAUAGUUUCAGUUUCGGCUUCUGUGUGUGUUGUGCUCUGUGAACAGUUGAUCGGCGAUCUCUCUGUUCAUUUCUGGUUCGGCGCGCGUUCACAAAACAAAUCACAAUUUUAGCGGCGUGCGUUUCGAAUACAUUGUACAUACCAAAUAAAAAGUGACUAAAUUACUAAAGAUGUGCUAAAGUUUGUUUGCAUAACAAAAGAAAAAAAGCGUAAUGAUCGUUUUAAAGGUGUCAAUUCAUUGAAACUUUUGCGCUCUUAAUAAGGUGCUAAAAGUCUUUAAUCCCAUAAGAACCAAUAUUCGCUAAAAGAUGCGUUUUAAUUUUUCUAGCCAUUCGGCAGCGACGACAACCACAGCUGCAUCGGCGGCGGAAACAGCGACUGAGAGGUCCAAUGAAAAGGCAACAAAGCCCCUCAAGAGACCAAUGACAAUCGAAGAGGAUCCCGAUUCACUGGACAGUGUGAUCAGCAAUCCGCAGUCGUACCCUAUAACGAUAGUUCCGAAUCGUCCAGCCAGCUUCUAUGGCCUCUCCACAAACGGCAAGUCUUUUCAGCGACAGCCCAGUUGCAGAUCUCGCAACUUUCGUCCAGGAAGCAUGCGACGUGUGCGUCGUCGCGCAGUCUUCAAGAAUGGGGAUUGCAAUGUGGUGCAAAAGCAUCUGCAGCGCAGGAGGGUGCGCUUCCUGCAGGACAUGUACACAACAAUGGUGGACUGGCAAUGGCGCUGGACACUGCUGGCCUUUGCAUUGAGCUUCAUAUUGUCCUGGCUGUUUUUUGCACUGAUAUGGUGGCUUAUUAUGUUUACACACGGCGAUCUGGAAGAGUUGCAUCUGCCGCAUAAUCAGGAGGACUCUGGCUGGGCGCCAUGCGUAUCAGCCAUCGACGGCUUCACAUCCUGUUUUUUGUUCUCCAUCGAGACGCAGCACACCAUUGGCUACGGCGUACGCACCACCUCACCGGAGUGCCCCGAGGCAAUAUUUAUGAUGUGCUUUCAGUCCAUAUAUGGUGUGAUGUCAUCGGCGUUCAUGGCUGGCAUCGUUUUCGCCAAAAUGACACGUGCCAAGCAACGCGCUCAGACUCUACUCUUUUCCAAGCACGCGGUGGUCUGCCAGCGCGAUGGUUGCCUCUCGUUAAUGUUCCGCGUAGGCGAUAUGCGCAAGUCCCACAUUAUUGGCGCUGGAGUGCGUGCCCAGCUGAUAAGGACACGCAGUACGAAGGAGGGUGAAGUCAUGACGCAACAUUUUACAGAGCUGCAGAUAGGCACCGACGAGUCGGGCUCCGAUCUCUUUUUCAUCUGGCCCAUGGUGAUUGAGCACCGAAUAGACGAGAAUUCGCCGCUGUACAACAUGAAUGCCACCGACAUGUUGCAGGACAAGUUCGAAAUUGUUGUGAUUCUGGAGGGCACUGUCGAGUCCACGGGCCAGUCUACGCAGGCCAGAUCGAGCUAUAUCAAUACGGAGAUUUUGUGGGGCCACCGCUUCGAUCCUGUGGUUCUGUACAACAAGGAUUUGCAAGCAUAUGAGAUCGACUAUGCUCGCUUCAAUGAGACUACUCAGGUGGAUACGCCCCUCUGCAGCGCCCGGGAGCUGAACGAAAUCUACAAGAUACAGGAGGGCUUCCGCACACCAGAGACGACCUUCACCAUGCGUCAGCUGUCCAACAAUCAUUCCGAUCAGGCCUCAUAAGCUUUUGUGUCGUCCAAAGUAUUGUCUUCCUAUUUGUUGCUAUAUAUAGAUAGUUCUUAGUAGUUAUAGUUGUUGCCCUCGUUCAUGAACCAGCCUACUCUGUGUUCUCUCCCAACUCCCCUAACGGCAGUUCAGUUCUGCUGCUCACCCAAUCCCUCGACGACUUCCACGCACUCUAACAGCUCCGGCUACAAUUCGUGGUGCGGCAGUCACCAGCAGCCGCGUCGGCAGCGCUGGCAGCUGUCGUUGCCCUUGCAGAGAGGCUGUUCUAUCGACACGUGAAACUUAAGAGUUCUUUUCAUUACUUACUGCUUACGAAAAUAAGUUAAUAAAUGCUUGAGCUUUUAGUUUACACAAAUUA